AUGGAGCGGUUCGGCGUGCUGGGCACGCGGCUGGGCCUGGACGGCGUCGGCGGCGGCGGAGGAGGAGGCGAGCUGCCGCCGGGAUUCCGGUUCCACCCGACGGACGAGGAGCUCAUCACCUACUACCUCCUCCGCAAGGCCGUGGACGGCAGCUUCUGCGCCCGCGCCAUCGCCGAGAUCGACCUCAACAAGUGCGAGCCAUGGGAGCUCCCGGACAAGGCGAAGAUGGGGGAGAAGGAGUGGUACUUCUACAGCCUCCGCGACCGCAAGUACCCGACGGGCCUGCGCACCAACCGCGCCACGGUUGCCGGCUACUGGAAGGCCACCGGCAAGGACCGCGAGAUCCGCAGCGCCCGCUCCGGCGCGCUGGUCGGCAUGAAGAAGACGCUCGUCUUCUACCGCGGCCGAGCCCCGAAAGGACAGAAGACGCACUGGGUCAUGCACGAGUACCGCCUCGAGGGCACCUACUCCUACCAUUUCAUCCCCAGCUCCACAAGGGAUGAGUGGGUGAUCGCGAAGGUGUUCCAGAAGCCCGGCGAGGUCCCACCCGCCCGCAAGCGCCACCACCGCCUCGGCGGCCUGAGCAGCGCCGGCGAGUCCUGCUUCUCGGACUCCACCUCGGCCUCCAUCGGCGGCGGAGGAGGCGGCGGCGGCGCGUCCGCGUCGUCCGCGCCUCGCCCGCUGCUCACGGUGACGGACGCCUCCUCGCUGUCGCUGUUCGCGUCGGCCGCCGCGGCCAAUGCCGCCGACGGCGACGCCAGCUCGUACUGCGGCGGCCACGGCGGCGCCGCCAACGCCAACAAUGGCAACAACCUGGUCACCGGCCGUGAGCUCGUGCCCUGCUUCUCCACUAGCACCACCACCGGCGCCGCCCUGGAUGCCGCCGCGCUCGGCAUCGGGCAGCCGUACAACGCGGCCCCGCUGCCGCUGGCCUUCGAGCCGCCACCGACUCCGGCCUUCUUCCCGAACCUGCGUUCGUCCCUGCCGCAGAUGCAGGACAACCACCUCCAGCUGCCACUGUUCCUCUCAGCAGGCGGAAUGGGAUCGCUGGGCGGCGGGGCUCUCCACCACUGGCCCCUCGCCGGCAUGGAGGUCAAGGUCGAGGGCCGCUCCGCGCCGCCGCAGAUGGCUGUCGGCCCCGGCCAGCUCGAUGGCGCCUUCGGCUGGGUCUUCUAG